AUGGAGGUUGAGCACAUUCUCCAACAACAGGGGCUCACCCAUCAUGUCCUCCGCCUUCGGGACACGCGAGAUGGGAUACUUGCUAUUUGCGGAACCCCGCUCUCUGCAAGAGUUGUCACACGAUGUUUACAGCGCGAGUGCGACAGCGGCAUCGACGUACGACCGGUACAAGAUGCUGACCGAAAACGACAUGAACGCCUGACUGUGGAUGGCUCUAGCAUCGAGAUCACUGUGCAGCUUCCGACAAAGAUUCUAUACGCGGGCUACUCAAAUCAGAGUCUAGCAGAACAAGGAAAAGCUUAUAUCGAAUCGCAAAUCCUUAUUCGUGGGCAUCGGCCUCGGGCAGCGGAGCACCACCGUAUUCCGGCGGUCAGGAAUAAAACUCUGAUCAUCACGGGCCUACCUCACAAUGUCACGGAGGACGAAAAGCGAACGCUGGGUGCUGAGGAGUACAUGCAUCAGCGCCCGAACUAUGUGUCCAGCCCAAGGAAGGUCAGAUCACAGCUGUCAGGCUAUCUGGCCCAUAAUUUCGAAGGAUUCCUCUCGCUCGAACUUCAGCCUGAACCCUUCAUAGGCGGGAUGGCUACCUUGUUUGCAUCAUUCUCCUCCUCUGACGAAGCGACAAGGGCGAAUGCUGUUCUCGACGGUAGCCGUCCUCAGGCAACUGGAUAUACCCAAAUCACCACACGCCUGGUAUGCCGCCUCUGGCUACGUAUCAGUCAUGCGGAGUACAGUCGUCACAAAGAGGGUAUCGACCGUCUAGUCUCAGCCGCGCACCAGACGGGUGCAGUCCUCAUCACUGUGGUGCCAAAGCCACGUGAGAGGGCGGUGCUUCUUUACAUGCAGGGCACGCGGCUCGAGGAUAUUGCGGACCAGAAGCAGGAACUGGACAAGAUUGUUCGCGGAGAUGUCGUCCGUAGCGAUGGACGCGCAUUGUGGGACACAUUCUUCCGAUAUCCCAUGGGGAAAGCCUUCCUAAAAGACCUGGAGCGCAGCUACCCUGGCCUCGUUGUGACUGCCGAUGCGUGCAGGAGAGAGCUUCGAGUGGCCGGGCCCCGCGCUCUCCGACACUAUGGCGCGAGAGAUCUGGCGGCUAAGAUCGAUUCGUUGAAGGCCGAGCAGGCUCAUCUGAUCCCGCUCAAGGCUAUCCCAUCGAAGUGUUAUAUCGACGACGUCGUCCUGCCCAUCAACAGGGCUUAUGGUCCGGGCCAUGUGACACUCGACAUGAAGGGCCGCAAGCUACUUGUCCGUGGAGACAUCCACGUGCAGAACAAGGUAGCAGUCGCGGCCAGUCUUGUCUGGAGGAAGUACGGCCAGAGCGGUACAUCAUCGGGCUGGAACACGUGUCCGGUUUGCCUCUCUCCCCCUGCAGAUCCGGUCACUUUGGAAUCGCAGUGUGGGCAUAUUUGGUGCAGCGAGUGCAUGAAACUCUACCUGCUCUCCUCUCACGAGAGGCACGCUUUCCCUAUAACUUGCCUUGGAGAUGGCGGGAGCUGCGCCGCGCCGAUAUCCGUCCGAGACGCUCUGCGAGUGCUCUCGGAGCAGGAGCUUCUGGGCAUCGUGGAGGUCGCCUUCACCACUCAUAUCGCCUCUCGCCCUCGCGAGUUUCACUACUGUCCUACCCCUGACUGCGACCAGGUCUAUCGCAAAGGAUCUGAGCCCAAGGUGGUGCGGUGCCCGUCAUGUCUCCUAAGCAUCUGCCGCCUCUGUGACUCAGAGGCCCAUGGAAUACUGCCUUGCCGUGCUACCGCGGCUGAUGCACAAUUUGAGGAGUGGAUGCAGAAAAAUGGGGCCAAGCGCUGUCCAGGCUGUACUGCACCCAUACAGCGGGACCAGGGGUGCAACCAUGUAACGUGUACGCGCUGCACAACACACAUAUGCUGGGUUUGCAUGGAAACAUUCCCUGGCGGUGACGGAAUCUAUGGACACAUGCGUACGGAGCAUGGGAGCUUUGGUGUGGACGGAUACUAG